CCGGCUGCAGCUGCUGGCGUGCGCGCUGCUACUGGCGCAGCCGGCGCAGGCGCUGGAGAUGUUGGCGCCGGGAAUUUGCCCGUCAGUGGACAUCAGGAACAAUCCAGAGCAGAUGACGAAGCUGCAGGAGUGCCGCGUGAUCGAGGGCUACCUGAACAUCGUGCUGAUGGAGCGAGCCACGCCGGCCUCCUUCGAGAACUUCUCCUUCCCCAACCUGCGCGAGGUCACCGGAUACAUUCUGAUAUACAGGUUGAGAGGCGUCCGCAACCUCGGCGAAUUGUUCCCGAAUCUGUCUGUGAUCCGGGGGCUGCAGCUAUUCAAGGACUUCGCCCUUGUCAUUUUUGACAAUGAAGGUCUCGAGUCGCUGGGCUUGCAAUCGCUGGCCAGGAUCGAACGCGGAGCAGUGCGCAUCCAGAACAACGACCAACUGUGUUACGCGAACAGUGUCGACUGGUCCAAGAUUGUGGCUGAAGGCACCCAGAAUAACAUUAUAAGGGCAAACUACGAUACACGUCUCUGCGGCUUAUGUCCGAACGCUCAGAGUCGCAUGGAGGAUCACAGACAGCUGCAUCUCCAGUGUCCUGCGGACUCCUCGGGCCGCCUGCUCUGCUGGGACGAUAGACACUGUCAGAAAAAAGAUUGUCCGACGAGCUGCGGUGGUCGCGCGUGCUUCGCCAACGGCACCUGUUGUCACUCGACGUGUCUGGGAGGCUGCGACGGUCCACUGCCGAGUGACUGUCACGUUUGCGCCAACUUCUCGUUCCGAUACGGGAGCGAACGAACUUGUAUGGAGCGAUGUCCUGCGAACACUUAUGAAUUGGAUCGGCGGUGCGUGACUGAGCAGGAGUGUCGCUCGAUGCCGGUCCCGCAGGCGGGCUCGGACGGUAGCCGGCGCGCUCCCAACAUCAAGGCCUACAAGAUUCUUCACAACCGGAAGUGCGUCUACGUCUGUCCCAGCGGCUACAUGGAGAAAGGCGAGACGCACAACUCUCGUUGCGAGCCGUGUCCUGCUUCCGGCUGCGUGCGCGAGUGCGCCGGCGGCAAAGUGGACUCCGUGGCGUCCGCAGAGCUAUUCCGCGGCUGUACACACGUGCGCGGCGUGCUCGAGAUCGCGCUCCGAGCCAGCGUGAACACGAUGUCGGUGCUGGAGAAUGCGCUGGGCGAGAUCCGUGAGAUCGAGGGCGCGUUACGAGUGGUCCGCUCAUACCCGCUGGUGUCGCUCAUGUUCCUCAAGAGUCUGCAGCGCAUCGGCGGCCGAGGCAUCGAUAAGGGGCAAAGCCUGUACAUAUUCAAUAACCCGAAUCUCGAGAUGCUCUGGGAUUGGUCGACGCACAAACCGUUACAAAUAACGUCGGGCCGACUGUUCAUCCACUUCAACCCGAAGCUGUGCUACAACCAGAUAUUGCCGCUGAAGAACAUGACCUGGGACUCGAAAUCUACUUUCAGCGAGAUGGAAGUGUCACAGGACAACAAUGGCGAUCAGGCAUCUUGUUUCCAAGACACGUUGCACCUGAAAGUAAGCUUGCUGUAUCGCCAGGUCGCGAUACUGACGUGGGAUAUGUACUGCCUGGAAGACACCAGGAAGCUGCUGGGAUACUCCAUAUACUACAUAGCGGCCGAGAGGAAUGUCACGCUCUAUGGACAGCGGGACGCGUGCUCGGACACGUGGAACGUUCUGGACAUCACGGUGGACGAGGUCCGCAACAGCAGCAGUCCGCCCAAGGUCACCAAGCUGACGGGAGCGUGUGGCAACGAGCAGCCGCUGUUCUACCCGCUGACACAGCUGACUCCGCACACGCGGUACGCGGCCUACGUCAAGACCUACACCACGCUGCAGGACAGGAAGGGAGCGCAGAGCCCCAUCAUAUACUUCAAGACUCUACCCGGAUACCCCAGUCCGCCGCUGGGUCUGACGGUGGAAAGUGUACGGGAGCACUCCGCCACGAUCAAGUGGCAGGCCCCCACCAUGCCCAACGGAACCAUCGAGACGUACCGCGUGGAGAUCCAGGCCAACGCGUAUAACCAGCACAAGAUACUGGCAGCCAACCUCAACUAUUGCAGCAAUCCCAGCGCACUGGUGAAUAUGAUUGCGGUGCGUGGCGAGGAAGUGACGGAGAAGAAAGAGGAAAUGAGUACAGGCGUGGUAAAGAACGGAUCUUGUGCGUGCAAGCCGGACAGGAAGCCGAGCACGCGGUUCACGUCCGGCGCCGAGGAGGAGCGUGUCGAGAGCAUACACUUCGAGAACGAGUUGCAGAACCACGUUUACGUAAAGUCUGAGCGGAAGAUGCCCGGCAACGAGUCGACGUCGAUGCGCGUGCGCCGCUCGGUCGAGAGCACUGUUAACAGCAUGCUGGUCAUCCUCAGCGACAUCCACGUGCCCAAGGUCGGCAGCAACUACACCAAUGAAACCGAAGGAGGGUUUGCCAAGUCCCUGUACUUCGAGCUGAGCGGCAGUGCGCGGUCGCUGCGUGUUGGCAGCCUGCGCCACUUCACGUGGUACACCGUCAACAUCUGGGCUUGUCGCGCCAAGCACGAGAACGAGACCAUGGACGCCUACGCAGAGACCUGGUGCUCUGUAAAGGCCUCCUAUAACUUCCGCACUCUUGAGAAAUUGAACGCGGAUGUGGUACGCAACUUGCACGCAGAGAUCGUGCCGUCCAACAAGACGUUGCCGGAAGUGAACGUCACGUGGCUGCCCCCGGAAGACCCGAACGGGUUCGUUGUAGCCUACAAUGUGUACCACGGUCGCGUAGAGGAGAGCGCUCAGGACGCAGGGCUUACAAGCUGUAUCCGUGCGGACGAGUACGCAACGGGCGGGCGCGGGUUCGUGAUCCGCAGUCUGGCUGCGGGCAACUAUAGCGUGCGAGUCACGCCGCUCACUGUCAGCGGUAUGGGCAACGUGUCGACCACCGUCUACAUAUACAUACCGGAGCGCGACGCGGCGGGCGGGGCGGGCUGGGCGUGGGGCGCGGGCGCGGCGUGCGCGGCGCUGGCGUGCGCGGCGGCGGGCGGCGCGCUGUACGUGCGGCGCGCGCUGGCGGCGGCGCACGACUCCAACAAGCUGUUCGCGAGCGUCAACCCCGAGUACGUGUCGAGCGUGUACGAGCCCGACGAGUGGGAGGUGCCGCGCGCCAGCGUGGACUUGGUGCGCGAGCUGGGCCAGGGCUCCUUCGGAAUGGUGUACGAAGGCAUAGCUAAGAACAUAGUGAAAGGAAAACCAGAAACUCGGUGUGCUGUGAAAACUGUCAAUGAGCACGCGACUGACAGGGAGCGCAUCGAGUUCCUGAACGAGGCGUCCGUGAUGAAGGCGUUCGACACUUUCCACGUGGUGCGGCUGCUGGGCGUGGUGUCCCGCGGCCAGCCCACGCUCGUGGUCAUGGAGCUCAUGGAGCAGGGGGACCUCAAGACGUACCUGCGCUCGCACCGCCCCGACGCCGACCACUCGCUGCCCACCAAGGGACCGGGCUCCGCGCCCCCCACGCUGCAGAACAUCCUGCAGAUGGCAAUAGAGAUAGCGGACGGUAUGGCCUACUUGUCGGCCAAGAAGUUCGUGCACCGCGACCUGGCGGCACGGAACUGUAUGGUGGCCGGGGACCUCACCGUGAAGGUGGGGGACUUCGGCAUGACCCGCGACAUUUAUGAGACUGAUUACUAUAGGAAGGGUACCAAGGGACUGCUGCCCGUCAGGUGGAUGAGCCCCGAGAGUUUGAAGGAUGGGGUGUUUUCGAGCAACAGCGACGUAUGGAGUUAUGGCGUGGUGCUGUGGGAGAUGGCGACACUCGCCAUGCAACCAUAUCAGGGGCUGUCCAACGAGCAGGUGGUGCGGUACGUGGUGGAGGGAGGCGUGAUGGAGCGGCCCGAGCACUGCCCCGACCGCCUGUACGAGCUCAUGCGGGCCUGCUGGGCCCACCGGCCCUCGCAGCGGCCCUCCUUCCUGCACCUGGUGGCCGACCUGGCGCCCACUGCGCAGCCCUACUUCCGGCACCGGUCCUUCUUCCACUCGCCGCAGGGCCAGGAGAUGUACGCGCUGCAGAGGCACGUCAUGGAAGAAGAGCAGGAGAUGCAGGAGGUGAACGUGGGCGCGAUGGCGACGGGGUCGGGCUCCAACCUGUUCGGCGUGUCGGGGCGCCUGGCCUCGUGGAUUCCAUCGAUCGUAAUCGUUAACGUUUUGUAA